AUGCCUUUUUUGCGUGAGCUAAAAAUUAGGGCUUCUUCCUUCCGCUCUCCACCGCCACACCCCGACUGCCGGUUCCAAAUCAAAUCAUUGACCUUUUCUGGCUGUCGUGUCGUUUUUCUUGCUUUGCCUUCCAAUCAAAUGGCAGAUAGCGAAUCUGAUAAGAACAUUGAGAUAUGGAAAAUAAAGAAAUUGAUCAAAGCAUUGGAAUCCGCUAGAGGCAACGGGACCAGCAUGAUAUCACUUAUAAUGCCUCCACGAGAUCAGAUCUCUAGGGCUACCAAGAUGCUUGGUGAUGAAUUUGGAACGGCUUCAAACAUCAAAAGCAGGGUGAAUCGUCAAUCAGUGCUUGGGGCCAUCACUUCUGCCCAACAAAGGCUCAAGCUUUACAAUAAGGUUCCUCCAAAUGGUUUGGUUCUUUACACUGGUACUAUUGUUACUGAAGAUGGCAAGGAAAAGAAAGUGACGAUUGAUUUUGAGCCUUUCAAACCCAUCAAUGCGUCAUUAUACCUUUGUGAUAAUAAGUUUCACACAGAAGCUUUAAACGAACUUUUGGAAUCUGAUGACAAAUUUGGUUUUAUAGUAAUGGAUGAACUUGCCACACAAUUCUUCAUUAAUCCCAAUACAAGCCAGCCUAAUGUUUCUGGCCUUAUACUUGCUGGUUCUGCCGACUUCAAGACCGAAUUGAGCCAAUCAGAUAUGUUUGAUCCCCGUUUACAGGCCAAGAUACUCAACAUUGUUGACGUUCCCUAUGGUGGGGAAAAUGGUUUCAAUCAAGCUAUUGAGUUGUCGGCAGAGAUUCUAUCAAAUGUUAAGUUCAUACAGGAGAAACGCUUAAUUGGCAAGUAUUUUGAGGAGAUUAGUCAGGAUACUGGGAAAUAUGUAUUUGGUGUAGAUGACACGCUGAAGGCACUUGAGAUGGACACCUCUGCAGAGUUGGAGGUUCAGGAGAAAUUGCCAUUACGCGAGUGGUUUGCCAAUGAAUACAAGAAGUUUGGUUGUACACUUGAAUUCGUCACAAAUAAAUCACACGAGGGGUCACAAUUUUGCAAGGGAUUUGGUGGCAUUGGGGGCAUUCUUCGCUAUCAGCUUGAUAUAAGAUCAUUUGAUGAACUCUCUGAUGAUGGAGAAGUCUACGAAGAUUCUGACUAG